UCACACUGCAGGCCUACUUGUUGUUCCUAGAGUAUUUAAAAGUAGAAUGGGAGGCAGAGCCUUCAGUUUUCAGGCCCCUCUUCUGUGGAACCAGCUUCCAGUUCGGAUUCACAGAGAACCUUCGCAGACAUAGUGUGACAUAGGGGGUCAUAUGAUUGUUGGGUUUUUCUCUGUAUGUAUCAUUGUAGGGUCUACCUUACAAUAUAAAGCGCCUUGAGGCGACUGUUGUUGUGAUUUUUAUGCAUCACUUUGUUUCACUAUUGUAAACAAACAAGAGCAAAGCGUUUUGUCAGAAGUGGAUUCGAAGCCACGCCUCCAGGUGAGACUGCGACCUGCACACAGGUGGGCUGAGAGCAGCUCGUCCUUCAUACACAGUGAUGUGAUGAUGAUGAUGAUGACGAGUGUUCAGCGUCUACGGAUGUAUUAACAAACUCCAGACCCGAGUCUUCCGGUUGUUAUUGAUAGGAUUCAUCGAUGAUCGCCCGGAUUAUUGGGAGCAGGCUGAGCUGAAACAUGCCGGGACGUGUCUGAGUGUCACGGGAUACUGAGUCAGCGAAGCUUUAAAUAGACUCGGUUUCGUUUCUGCUCUCAGUCCGACAGACCGACAGCAGAGACAGUUUCUCUUCUGGUCCCCUUUCAAAUCAAGACCCAACAACAAUGCGGAACCACAACACCAAGCAGACUUCCACAGGUACCGGCACGGCUCAGAAACCGGUCCUGCCUCAGGUCAGAUACCACCCCUCCAUCCAGACUCCAGAAGGCAUCACUGGAACCAGAACCUCCAGUAAAACCAGACCUGGUGCUGUGCGCCCCCUUCAGACUGGGACUGACUCCCGGGCAGAUCCAGGAACCAGCGGCGCCCAAAAAGCUGCCUCGGCUGUGAGACCUCCUCCUAAAGGACGACAGAAACAGGCACAGAAACCUGUGAAGGAGGCGGUUGCUGCUGAUCCAGAUCCUCCCCAGAAACCUUCCCCAGCAGCCCCUCCCAGACCCGAGCAGGUGCCCCUGGAUGUGGGCGUCCAUCUGGACAGGUGUGUGGUGGAGGAGGUGGAGGUCUUGACCCGCGGACAGAGAAACAACCCAGACUGGUUCGCCUGGAGGAAGAACCGGAUCACGGCCUCGGUGGCACACCGCAUCGCUCGCUCCGGCUUUGUUAACGGCAAGAGUAAAACUCCGCCCACCUCCUACCUGGCUGCUGUCACAGGUGAGGGGCCCAGAGUCCAGACCAGAGCCAUGAGCUGGGGGGUCCACAUGGAGGCUGAGGUCGUCCGCAGGUACCAGAGGCUGAAGUCCUCGGCGUUGGGCCGGCAGGUCUGCGUUCAGGACUGCGGCUUGUUCGUCGACCCCCGGAGGCCCUGGUUGGCUGCCAGUCCUGACGGCAUUGUGACGGACAGACGAAGCGGCCAUUGGCUGCUCUGUCUGGAGGUGAAGUGUCCCUACAAGCACAGACACAGACGGGUGGAGGACGCCUGCAGGGAGGACCCCGCCUUCUGUCUGCAGCUGCAUGAGGAGGCCACACGGGAGCGCGGAGGGGCUCCAGUGUACCGCCUGAAGACCUCGCACAGCUACUACACUCAGAUCCAGUGUCAGCUGGCGGUGACGGGGCUGCGGGACGCCGACCUCGUGGUCUUCACCCUGAAGGAGACGGCUGUGGUCCCGGUGACCUUUGACCCCGAGCUGUGGGAGGAGACGGUGUCCAAACUGGAGGUGUUUUACAGGGACGCUGUGCUGCCUCACGUCAGGCAGAAGAUGCAGCAGCGUGCAGCAGCUGCUGGGAUGCCGGAGCCGUAGAGGUCACUUCCUGCGGGAAGAGCUUUGUGGCCUGAAGCGUGUUCCACUGCAUGUGGGGUUUACCCGCAGUCACACCAGGUGGCGCUCUGAAAUGCUGACAGACACUGUCUUUAAUCAUGUGAUCGCCACAUGUUCGGUUCAUGCCGUCAUCAUCAAAGCAUGCUGGGAGAAAAGUGUCUCGCCCGGUAACCUUCCUGUUUGACCGCGAUGAGUCAUCAUGUGGAACCCACUCUUCAUUUUGAUAAACAUGAGUCACAUGACCUCCGCCCUGCAGGUAUCGAUUGUUAAAGUUGUGACCUCGCAGCAAAAAGAACAUGACUGAUGGUAUGAAACCACAAAAGAUCUGCUGAUAGAGCAGCUGUGAAACGGCGCCCCCCGCUGGCCCGUUUGUCAUUGGGUUGAA